GGAGAUGGGCGCCCGGCCCUCGCGGCAGCAGGUGCCCGCGGAGCCGCCCCUGGCCCUGGACGCGCUGCCCCCCGAGCUGCUGGUGCAGGUGCUGAGCCACGUGCCGCCGCUGGCGCUGGUGACGCGCUGCCGGCCCGUGUGCCGCGCCUGGCGCGACGUGGUGGACGGGUCCUCCGUGUGGCUGCUGCAGCUGGCCCGCGACCGCAGCGCCCAGGGCCGCGCGCUCUACGCCCUGGCCCAGCGCUGCCCGCCCGGCGGCCAGGACGAGGACGAGCUGCCGCUCUGCGCCCUGGCGCGCUACUGCCUGCGCGCGCCCCUCGGCCGCAACCUCAUCUUCAACUCGUGCGGAGAGCUGGGCUUCAGAGGCUGGGAGGUAGAGCACGGAGGCAAUGGCUGGUCCGUGGAGAAGAAUGUCACACUGAUACCAGGCGCUCCUUCCCAGACCUGCUUCGUUACUUCCUUCGAGUGGUGUUUCAAGAGGCAGCUGGUGGACCUGGUGAUGGAGGGGAUCUGGCAGGAGCUGCUGGACAGCGCCCAGCUCGAGAUCUGUGUGGCUGACUGGUGGGGAGCCCGAGAGAACUGCGGCUGCGUCUACCGGCUCCGGGUCCGCCUUCUGGACAUGCACGAAAAUGAAGUGGUCAAGUUCUCAGCUUCGCCCAACCCAGUCAUGCAGUGGACAGAGAGGGGCUGCCGACAGGUCUCCCACAUCUUCACCAACUUCGGCAAGGGCAUCCGCUACGUGUCAUUUGAGCAGUAUGGCAGGGACACGCGUUCCUGGGUGGGACACUAUGGUGCUCUGGUCACCCACUCCAGUGUGAAAGUGAGGAUCCGCUGCCUGUCCUAGCCAGCCCACUGGA